AUGAUAGUGAACCAGAACAGGGAUACGUUCGAGUACAUAAAAUCCUCGAAGUUGGUCGGUCUCGAAGUUGAACACCUCAAAAACAGUUUGGAAGACCAGAAAAUUGAUGUGAAAUGUAUCACUCAGUCCAUUGAGUCGACGACUCGAGUAGACUCCAUUGUUAGUGAUAUAUGUGACAUGAAAAAUAUUGUGCAGGAAUUACAAGCACAAAUACAGAACAUCCCGACAGGAGAUAUCCACAGACAAAUUCACAGUCGCCAUAGAGCCCAUCUUGCAAAAGAUAGGAAAAUUAACGGAUUAAAUAAAAGAACUCAAGAAACAUGGAGCAAGUUAGUGGGCAUUUCAAAAUAA